AUGAUGUCGGGGUACAAUGGAGAUGGCGUCUCCUCGCUGCCGACGAGAACGCAGUCGCCUCUAGCGCGGGGGGCCCAUCCAGGCGCGGUGUUGUUGUCACCAAAGCGGACUGCUCUAGGUACGCUUGGCGGGGGUGCUGGUGGGAGCUCGGCGCAGCUGAUGAGCCCAUCGCAACACUCGCUGAGCCUGAACGACAUCUUGGACCAACAGGCGCAUCCGUCGCGUGUUGAUUCGUCGUCAGCCAUGUCCCUAGAUGCAUCCAUCCACCAGCAGCAGCACACAUCGGGCGUUGGGAUGCUGUCCCCACUACUGCAGCCGCAGGCGUCGUCCAUUUCUGUCAAGACAGCUUUCCUGGACUCCUUUGGCUCGCGGCCAUCGAGCGCUAUCGGACUGCAGCAUGGUCAGGGGCAGGGCCCAGACGGGCCGCAAUCUGCCACGGGCAUGUCCUUGAACAACAGCAACAUCAUGGUCAACUUCACCAACGACGUGAACCAGCUUUGUACUUGGAUGUCGAUGCUCACGUCUGCGCAGCAGAAUACGGUCAUGGAUAAUUUGCUGUCCUCGUUGAAUGAAGAGGUUUUGCAGCACACGAAGCUGAAGCUUGAAAGCUUGACCAAUAGCGGCUACCUUUCGCCUUCCUUGAGGCCAAUUGCGUCUCCAAUUCCUAGUCGCGUUGCCACACUGGAGACCUCCACGCAGAGCGCUUCUUCGGCCCAAUUACCCGGGUCGCUGAUGCUGGACUCCAUCCUAAGCGACAGUGCAGCAGCGGGGGCAGGUUCGACGAACUCCAACAAUACCAACAUGGCUAGCCACAGUCUAGCUGUGAACAGCAUGUACAGGCAGUGGUCGCCAAGCCCACAGAUGAAUAGUGCACAGCCUAUGUUUGAUUACUUGAAUGACAUUACCCGUCCCAGAUCCGCUGAGCCAAGCCGGUUGAGAAACGGACAUACGUCACACCAUCAGAACGGUUCGCAUCAUAUUGCUAUGAAUAGUGGCAAUGGCGCUCCCCCUAACUCCCACAGCAGCACUGGCCACCAGGUAUCGAGUCAGGCGGGCGGUCGUUUUAGCAAUAUUAAGCCGCAGCGCCCACACUCUCCGACUUCUUUAACUAAGUCCACCAGUUCCAGCUCCAACUUCUCUGAGGCACAGUCGCCUGCUGCCCAACCAACCAGCCCUGGCCCUUCAACCCCGAAUGCUGCUUCGAACGUCAGCAGCAGCUCCAAUAUGAAUCCGAAGUCUCUGUGUGACCCCAAACUAUUGAAAAACAUUCCUGCUUGGUUGAAAUCCCUGAGGUUGCACAAGUACUCGGCGUCAUUGAAUGGCAAGAGCUGGCAAGAAUUGAUUGACUUGGACGAUGCAAUACUUGAAGAUAUGGGUGUCAGCGCUCUUGGCGCGAGACGCAAAUUGUUGAAGGCAUUUGCCAUAGUAAAGGAAUGCAAGGAACGUGGCCUCGUGGAUGAAAGUGCUUACUAA